GCAGCCAAACAGCCAGAUUUACCUCGGAGUUGCGAAUUUAUAUUCCACCAGAGCCAGAGCGAGGUUCUGCUUGGGCAAGCUUACUUCUGUAUUGUACCCCCCCCCGCCCCCGUAUUCCCCUCGUGACUGCUCUUUGUGUUCGAUCCCAUAUUAGAACCGCCGUCGGCUAGCAUCUUGUGCUGUAGUGCGGCUUCCCCCGCGCCGGAAAAUGGGUCUCCGCGGUCCGACGACGUACGACGCCGAGCCCACGCGGCGUCCCGACAUGAUCGUUAACUACCAGGCGCCGUACAACGCGGAGACGCCCCCUCGCUGCUGGGGACGGCGUUCGUGACGGGCGCGGAUGCGUUCUACGUGCGCAGCCACGGCCCACGCCCGUGCUGGACGACGCCGCCAGCUAUCGUCUUCAAGUGGGCGGUCUUGUGCCCAAGCCGCUCGCGCUCUCCCUCCAGGAAAUCAAGUCCAUGCCAGCUGAGACCAUCGUGGCGACCAUGAUGUGUGCCGGCAACAGGCGCACGGAGAUGAGCACUAGGCGCAAGGUCAAGGGCGUGGGAUGGUCCCAGGCUGCCAUUGGCAAUGCCACGUGGACGGGGGUGCGUCUAUCGCACGUGCUGCAGCUAGCAGGAGUAGACCCGCGCUCCACGCGCACCUCGGCAGGCGGCAAGCACGUGGAGUUCACCAGCGUUGACAUCUGUCCGGAGGAGAAGGGAGGUCCCUACAAGGCUUCUCUGCCGCUCAUCCAUGCCUCUUCGCCUGAGCAGGAUGUGCUCCUCGCCUACAAGAUGAAUGGAGAGGACCUCACUCCAGACCACGGCUUCCCUCUGCGCAUCGUUGUUCCCGGGGUCAUCGGGGCGCGUUCGGUGAAGUGGCUGGAUCGCAUUGACGUGCUGUCGCACGAGUCGCAGGGCUUUUUUAUGCAGCGCGACUACAAGAUGUUCCCGCCUAACAUCGACUGGCACAACAUCGAGUGGAACACCCGCCGCCCAUCAUGGACUUCCCUAUCCAGUCCGCCAUAACUGAGCCUGCAGUGGGGGACGCAGUGCAGCCAGGUCCUAUCACCAUUCGCGGGUACGCAGCAGUGGGUGCG